AACACAAAGAGAAAGACAACCAUUCACACCUAUGGGCAAUUUAGUGUUUCCACCUAACCCCACUAACUGAGAACAUGCAAACUCCACACAGAAAGACCCCAGCCUGAUGGUGGAACCUAACUCAGGACCUUCUUGCAACAUUAGAAGCUCAUUUAUUUCAGUCAAACAUUUUCAAAAUAACUACAUAUGACCUCUGUGAACCCCAUUAGGAGUUAAAGGGUAAAGGAACCCUUCUGUUUCUGACUGCAAACCUGCAGACAAUAGUCACAUUUUUCAGUGUUUUUCAUUGUCGCAGUAAUUUGGUAACAUAUAUCUAUAGAAACAAGAGCUUCUAUUAACUAAUUUGGGUCACUUAUUUUAAAAAAAGAAAGAAAGAAAGAAAGAAAGAAAGAAAGAAAGAAAGAAAGAAAGAAAGAAAGAAAGAAAGAAAGAAAGAAAGAAAGAAAGAAAGAAAGAAAAAUGUAAAUAAAUAAAGUUACAAACGGGACGGUUGUGUGUGUCUAAAUCCCCUUCUCGUCCGCUGGGCGGCAGUAGGAAGCUGUAAGUCUCGCGAUACUACCUCUUUUCUCCUUGAUGAGGAAGAGUCGCGGAAGCGGUAGAAGAUUUUCCUGACGGCUCAGCAAGCGACCCAUCAAGUCAGAUAAAACUACCCGGCUAACCAGCGUUUUAAGCAGCUUUACAGGUCGGAUAGACACCCGGACUGAAGGAUCACGAUGACAGCCGCGCCUUACAACUACUCUUACAUCUUCAAAUACAUCAUCAUCGGUGAUAUGGGAGUCGGGAAGUCGUGUCUGCUGCAUCAGUUCACAGAGAAGAAGUUCAUGGCAGACUGUCCUCACACCAUCGGGGUGGAGUUUGGGACGAGGAUCAUGGAGGUCCACGGGCAGAAGGUGAAGCUGCAGAUCUGGGACACGGCGGGUCAGGAGCGGUUCAGGGCCGUCACCAGGUCCUACUACAGGGGGGCCGCCGGGGCCCUCAUGGUCUACGACAUCACCAGGAGAAGUACCUACAAUCACCUGAGCAGCUGGCUGACGGACGCCAGGAACCUGACCAACCCAAACACGGUGAUUAUUCUGAUCGGCAACAAGGCCGACCUGGAGGCUCAGAGAGACGUGACGUACGAGGAGGCCAAACAGUUUGCCGAGGAGAACGGUUUGCUGUUUCUGGAGGCCAGCGCCAAGACAGGCGAGAACGUGGAGGAGGCCUUCCUGGAGGCAGCGAAGAGGAUCUACCAGAACAUUCAAGAUGGCAGCCUGGACCUGAACGCCGCCGAGUCGGGAGUCCAGCACAAACCUUCGACGCUGCAGGGGGGACGCCCCAACGCCGACAACCAGCCGGCGAAGGAAGGCUGCAGCUGUUAACCUUGGACAGAAAGUACAAACGCAUCGAACAGACCGACACACAGACUCCGCCGGGCACUAACACUCACACCCAGAACCGGCCUACACUCAUCAUCGGCGCUGUCCACCCGCCGUUUUCUAAUCCAAAGCAAGAUUCAGCAAUCCUCCAUCCA